AUGGACUUUAUCGUCAAAUUUGCCCAAACGCACGAGUCGUUUCGGCUGGCCGAGAUUGAGGCCCUGGCCGUUGUCGAGGGCGUCGAUUUGGCAGUCGUUAAGUACAGCCUCGAGUCGCCCUUGUGCCUCGUCCGGCUCCCAUCUCUCGAGGCCGCUCAAAAGUUGAUUAGACGGUCUGUUCUGGCACAGUCAAUCCAUGAGCUCUGGGGUUCCGGCGCCACCUUGGACGAGCUUCAUCGGUCUGUCAAGGAGCGGACAAGCCAGACAUGGGCUCGGUUCAAAGGCCUGUCGUUCAAGUUUGCCAUCGACUCAUACCAGGGGACGCGCUCCGACGGCCAAAGGCUAUCCAUCAUCAACUCGUUCCGGUUCCUCCCCUUCGAAGGCCCCAUCUCCAUGUCCCGCCCGGACAAUGUCUUCACCGUAUUUGAGCUCUGGCCUUUCAACAGCGUGCCCCUCGGCGUUGAAAAUCCAGACAUGAUGUAUCUCGGGCGACUCGUCGCGAGUUCAUCGCGCGACGUCAUCCUCAAGUUUGACCUCAAAAAAAGAGGCUACAUCUCCACCACCAGCAUGGACUCGGAGCUGUCCCUGGUGACGGCCAACAUUGCACUCGCCGCGCCAGGCAAGCUCUUCUACGACCCCUUUGUCGGCACAGGCUCUUUCCCCAUAGCCUGCGCGCACUUUGGCGCCGUCGGAUGGGGGAGUGACAUUGAUGGCCGGAGCAUCCGUGGUGACGGGCAGCGCAAGAGUCUACGGGGCAACUUUGAGCAGUACGGCCUCGGCAGAUGCCUAGGCGACAUGUUCGCAGCGGACUUGACGAACACGCCCGUAAAGAAGGGGAGAAAGAUAUGGGAUGGCAUCGUGUGCGAUCCGCCCUAUGGCGUGCGUGAAGGGCUGAGGGUGCUUGGUGUCAGGGACCCGGAGAAGACCCCUUGGGUCAUCGAACAAGGAAUGAAAAAGGCAGGACUUCCCGAUUUCGUGCCGCCAAAGAAGCCCUAUAGUUUUCUGGCCAUGCUCAGCGAUAUCCUUGAAUUCUCGGCCCAGACCCUCGUGGACAACGGAAGGCUUUCCUUCUGGAUGCCCACCGCCAACGACGAAGACCAGGAGAUGACAGUGCCAUCGCACCCAUGCCUCGAGCUUGUGGUGGUCUGUGUCCAGGUCUUCAACAAAUGGUCGAGGCGUCUCAUCACAUAUCGGCGCAUUCCAGAUGACCAAGUCUCGCAGUCUUUGCUCGAGGCUUACGAGGCACAAAAAAGCGUCCAGCAUGUGGGCACAACGGCAGACGAACUGAAUCCAUUUCGCCGCGGGUACUUUCAUAAGUUCGAGACAAAAGACUAG